AUGGAUUUCUCUUCUUCCUUUAAGAAUCUUAAAUCUCAUGGUUCAUACAAACACUCAAGAAGGAUCUCAGCCGGUGGUGUCGUCGACGAUACACAUCGCGAACAACAACCAAUUCUCUCCGAUCACCACCGGGACAGCACAACUGACGAUCAUAAUCAGAUAAUAAUGAGAAGCACAAACUCUAACGAUCUCAACGACGACCGCCGGGAAGUUAUCGUGAAAAUAGACGGUGACGAUUACAUUAGCAGUAAUAACGUCAUGGAGGCUGAUCAUAAUAAGAUUUGGCACGAAACCACCUACGAUUUCUGGAAAGAUGAUGAGAGAAGUGGCAACAAUGGAAAUGGACGGGGACAGGGAUUUGAGUUUCAGCAAAAACGUAGUGACGUUGUGGACGACCCGCCGUCGAAGCUGAUUGGUCAGUUUUUGAAUAAACAGAUGGCGUCUGGGGGUGAGAUGUCGUUGGACAUGGAUUUGGAGAUGGACGAGCUACGUCAUGGUCAUCAAAACAACCACCACAAUUUUCCGCCUAUUUCCGAAACGGAAAAUAGCAACCAUAUUAAUGGUAAAGCUUCGAUUUCAAAAGAUUUAAGAGUUUCUUUCCAAGACCCCAAACUAAACGUGGUUGAUAUUGCGUCUGAACCUGUUGAAAAGAGGUAUAAAGACAAAGGUUCAUCCGAGGACAAUAAGGAUGAACACGUACAACAACAUCAUAACAGGAGGCGAUCGUCAAAUGUGCCCGCGGUUAAUGAUAAUAAUGGCAAUGGCGGUGGCGGUGGCGGUGAGGUGUUGAGGUGUACGUCGUUCCAGAAGAGAGCAAGUAUGAUGAGGAUGAAGACGAAAUCGAGGUUGAUAGACCCACCACAGCCGGAGAUGAGAUCACAGAGAGUUGGGAAGUCAGGUCCAAUGAGGUCUGGGAUGUUAGGUAGGGCUUCUGGGAUGUUGGGAAAGCUAGGUGACGAUGAAGAGGAUGACUCGUUAUUCGAUGAAGAUCUUCCUGAUGAGUUUAAGAAGGCAAAACUUAAUGCAUUGACUCUGGCUCAAUGGGUUAGUCUUGUUUUGAUUGUAACAGCUUUGAUUUGUACUCUUUCAAUUUCUAAGUGGAAGGAAAAAAAGCUACGGGGACUUGAACUCUGGAAAUGGGAUGUUUUGGUUCUUGUCCUGAUAUGUGGAAGAUUGGUGUCCGGUUGGGGGAUUAGAAUUGUUGUUUUCUUUAUUGAGAGGAACUUUCUUUUGCGUAAACGAGUUCUGUAUUUUGUUUAUGGGGUGAGAAAAGCAGUUCAGAACUGCAUUUGGUUGGGUUUGGUUUUGACUGCUUGGCAUUCUAUGUUUGAUAAGAAGGUUGAGGGUAGUAAUAAGUUCCUUUGGUUUGUGAAUAGACUUAUGGUUUGUAUGCUGGUGGCUACAUUGUUAUGGCUAGUGAAGACCCUCAUAAUUAAAGUCCUUGCAUCUUCCUUCCAUGUGAGCACUUUUUUUGAUCGAAUCCAGGAUUCAUUGUUCAAUCAAUACGUGAUUGAAACGUUAUCUGGUCCACCAUUGAUUGAAAUACACAACAAUGAGAAAGAAGAAGAGAGGACAAUGGCUGAGGUAUGGAAGCUUCAAAAUGCAGGGGCUACCGUGCCCCCUGACCUCAGGGCAUAUGCUUUCCCACCAACUAAGAGUGGGAGGGUGAUAGGGGGUGGAGGACCUCUGAGAGCACCAGUUGGAGGAAAUGAGGGGAUUACAAUUGAUCACUUGCAUAGGAUGAAUCCUAAGAACAUCUCUGCCUGGAAUAUGAAGAGGCUGGUGAAAAUAGUUCGACAUGGUGUCAUAUCUACCCUGGAUGAGCAGAUACUAGAUACAACACAAGAAGAUGAGUCUACAACACAGAUUAGAAGUGAAUUUGAGGCAAAAGUGGCGGCUAGGAAGAUAUUCCAAAAUGUGGCAAGGCCUAGGUCCAAGUUCAUCUAUAUGCAAGAUUUGAUGCGUUUCUUGCGAGAAGAUGAGGCUUUGAAGACCAUGAGUGUCAUGGACGGAUCAUCUGAAAGCGAAAGAAUCAGCAAAUCAACCUUGAAGAAUUGGGUGGUCAAUGCUUUUAGAGAACGAAGAGCGCUUGCCUUGACACUUAAUGAUACAAAAACAGCAGUCAACAAACUUCAUCAUAUGGUGAAUGUACUGGUUGGCAUCACUAUUGUGGUUAUCUGCCUUGUAAUACUAGAAAUUGCAACAAGCAAAUUUCUACUCUUUGUAAGCUCUCAGAUCGUCGUGGUGGCAUUUAUAUUUGGCAACACAUGCAAGACAAUAUUUGAAGCUCUCAUAUUCUUGUUUGUGAUGCACCCAUACGAUGUGGGUGAUCGGUGUGAAAUUGACGGAGUUCAGAUGAUUGUUGAAGAAAUGAAUAUCUUAACUACUGUCUUUCUGAGAUAUGACAACCAGAAGAUUAUAUUCCCAAACAGUACUCUUUCAACAAAACCCAUCAGUAAUUAUUAUCGUAGUCCAGAUAUGGGAGAUGCGGUUGAGUUCCAUGUACAUAUUGCAACUCCAGCCGAUAAGAUUGCCAUAAUGAAACAAAAAAUAACAAGUUAUAUUGAAAUCAAGAAGGACCAUUGGUAUGCAUCUCCAACAGUUGUGCUGAUGGAGCUGGAGGGGCUGAACAUGAUGAAGAUGGCAGUAUGGCUGAGACAUAGAAUGAACCACCAAAAUAUGGGGGAGAAGUGGCAAAGGAGAGCCCUUUUGGUUGAACAGAUGGUUACAAUUUUUAAAGAGCUUGACAUCGAAUACCGCUUGCAUCCCCUUGACAUCAACAUUCGCACCAUGCCUACGGCGAGUUCCGCUCGGCUUCCCUCUACCUGGGAAGCUUCUCCUUCAUGA